AUGGACAAUAUUGGACAACAACAUGAUAUUUUGAGACGAGACAUUGAUCAGGACAAUAUUAACAAAACAUUCUUUGAACAAAUCGAUGGAUGGGAAAAAGAAUCUAUUGAAAAUAUUCGAUCUGCUGCUGAAACAGUUCGAAUUGAUUUAAAACAAUUAACUGAAGAAUCAAAGAAACGAUUAAAUAAUUUAAUGAAUAAAUUAUCAGAUGAACUUCGUUCAAAUCAAGAAAGUGAUGACUAUAAAGAAGAUGAUCUUGAUCGGUGGUCAUCCGAAAUUAUGACUACAGAAUCGGCUCGAUUAGCAUCUGCAUAUGGCUGUUGGAGUCGUGGAAAAUUAGUAACAAAAGGUAUAUAUUCCACGGAAUAUGAAAAAUUAGAAACACUACCGAAUGAUGAAUCGAAAAAACUUGAUAUAAAACCAUCUGAAUCUGUUGUUCCCAAAGAAUCAUCUCCUUUUCCAAAAGAAUGUCAAGGCACUUGUUCAAUAUGUAAUGAUGAUAAUCUUACUUUGGUUACUCUUUCAAAACAAUGUCAACAUGAAGCAGCUUGUUGUAUUCCAUGCCUUACACAAAAUAUUUCUAAUGGUAUAACUGCAAAAGGUAUUCAUCGUUUUGAAUGCCCUAUGCCUACAUGUAAAGUGGUAUUUGAAUCUUCGGAAUAUUAUCGUUUACUCGAUGCUCGAUUAAUUGCUUUGGUAGAUAAACUUUUAUUAAAUCGAUUUCUUGAAUCAAAUGAAGAAUUUCGAUGGUGUAAAUCAAGAAAAGGAUGUGGAGCUGGACAACUUGUAUCAAAUUAUAAAGAUUUACUUGGAUAUUAUACAUGUUAUGCAUGUUAUCAACCAUUAUGUUUUCGACAUGCAAUUGAAUGGCAUACAGGUUAUACAUGUGAUGAAUUUGAUCGAGAACGUACUCUCAAUCCUGAUUUAGCAUCAGAUGUAACUGUUCUUGCUUUUACAAAACAAUGCCCAAAUCAAUCAUGUCGUACACCAAUUAUGAAAUUUGAAGGAUGUGAUGUAAUGACAUGUUGUCGAUAUGGAACACAUACAUGUAUUGAAUCAAAAGGUAAAUGUGAUCAUGGUGGACAAAAUUAUUGUGGACAAAAAUUUUGUUGGAAAUGUUUGGGAAAAAUUGAUAUUGAUAAAAAAACUGGAGCAUAUAUUAGACAUUGUAAUCAAAAUUGUGAAUAUGCUACACUUAAUAAUUAA